AUGUCCUUCCAAGUGCCCUACGAGUCCAGCCCGCCUGAGACACCCGAGAAAGAUCGCUCUCGUAGUCUCUGGAGCAACAUCUCGACGACGCCUGCUGGCCCGCCGCCUUCGAGCACAGGACCAUUUGCGCAACAGACAUCCAACAUCAAUGGCGGCUCACGCAUUAACUCAUUCACGCGGAAUGAGAGUGCCUUCUCCACAAACCAAACGUCAUUCUCCAACAACGAUUUUUCCAACUCGAUCUUCACCAAAUCAGGAGGCAUCAACACAAACGACAGCAUUUUCGGUUCUUCCUUCGGUUCGACUGAUUAUGCCCCACCAAAACAAACCAAAGACUCUUCUUCACAACCGUUAGGCAAGUCCAGCCUGCGCUUCGGAAUGACGAAUGGUAGCACAUUUGGUGAUUCAUUGGGGUUCGGCCAAUCUAAUGGAUUCGCGUCGUCCAAAAUGACGGACUACCAUGAUGAGACCGACCAGGAAGAUAACCGUGAGGAGGAAGAAUUCGAAGAGGAGGAAGAAAUGGAGGAGGACCAAGAAGAAGGUGCGGACCCGAUGGACGAAAGUAUCCAGGACCCAUCGAAGAAAUUCGACUUUUUGGACUCAGCGUUCGGAAAUCCCUUCCAGUCCGAGCCAUCACUUGGUGCCCAGCGCAAACCAAUCUACACUAAUCCAAGCGAUGCUAAGCGACCGAAGCUCGAUGAGCACUGGGGCCAACCAUCACCGAUUCGCAAAACCCUCAAACCAACGAAAUCCUCCCCUUUGCCUUCAAUCCUCCACAACAUUGCUUCUCGCUCUAAGAUUCCUCCCGUCCAUGAGACUAGCGAGUUCAUUCUCAACACGGAGGACACUCUAGGAAAGCUCAUCGACCAGCUGAAGGCAACAGAGUUCAAACACGUUGACUACGAUGCGGUUCUCGCCAACAUUUCGAAAGAAUUAGUUGAAUCAUGGCGGAAUUGCACCGAGGAUAGCGCGGCCGAUCGGUCCUAUGGCGCCCACGCUGGGAUCGGACCCGGGGAGCAGGCUCCCCCCAUUAUGAAAGCAACAUUCUUGGCUUCGCUGCUCCUUCAAAUCCAUCAUCCUCCUCGUCAAGCUCCUUCAGUGGCAGGCGUGAAUCCUAUGCGCACAGCUGGGCUGAUCAAGGCUGUCGGUCGACCAGCUGUCCCCAAGGCGCUUCCUCGUCUCUUACUAGAAUGGUUAAGCGAUAGCCACGCAUCACAAACCAAGGACCUCCAAGCGCUGAAGUAUGUGGAGCCGAAUCCCACAGCCUCCACCAACUUCUGGGAUAUCAUCAUUGCGUCUGUGCUGCGUGGUCGUCUGAGCGAUGCAGCGGAGGUACUCCGCUCUGCGGAUUUCAACUACGCCCAAUCCGCACGUGAAGAUGGACUUACACAGCCUGGCUACCGCGGCGCGCAACUCCAGAACAUCCAGCGCUGUGUAAACAAGGCCCUUCAAAUCCUUGAAUCAUGCCCUUCGACUCAGUCCGACGACUGGGAUGUUACCGGCCACGAGUGGUCUCAAUACCGAAAGCGCGUCCUUUCUGCUGUUACUGAUUUGGAGGAUUUCGCCGAAGGCGAUGAGCGCGAUGAAUCAAAUGUCCCGGUCCAGGAACCUCGUUUCCAAGCCGUCAACUUUGGAAUGCCCACUUUCAACCAGAACUUGAACCAGAACCCGGUAUCUUUCGCUCAGUCUGCUCGCAUGGCCGAAAGUCGUGUCCCUUGGUCAAUCUACCAGAGCCUGAGGUCUAUCUACCGAAUCAUCUUGGGCGACCCCUCCGCUAUCAAGGGCAAAUCCCAGGAUUGGGUUGAGGCAACAAUCACCUUAACAGCUUGGUGGGAUGGCGAGGAUGAUGAAGAGGGUCUUGACUUCGGUGCCAGCGAAGGCGACAAAUUCCAAGAUUUCUUACGCUCACGUGGGCCUAAGAGUCAUGUCCGUGCCGUUGACCGAAACAUGCGCGAUGCCUACCGCAACCGCCUGGCACAGGCCCUCAGCCACACUACCACAGACGCAUCCGAUAGUGCGGAUUUCCGCCCUAACACGAUGAAUAGCGUUGAAGUGGGUCUGGCGUCCGUCUUUGAAGGAAAUGUACAAGGAGUGCUGGAGUUGAUUCAAACAUGGUCCCUCUGUGUGGCUGCUGCUGUGGUAGAAGUCGCUAGUCAAGGUGGUUGGUUUGAGUCCGGUGCCAGUCAAAAGACCAUGCCUGGUCUGUCGGAAAAUGAUUUGAUGGUUCUAUCCUACGGACAAACACCCAAAUCUUCCACCAAAUUGCGAAAAGAUGACGUUCUGCGUCGCUAUGCUUUCGCACUCUAUGACAGGCCUACCGUCGCUGAUCAAAACGGUUCUCGGGAGGGCUGGGAAUUGUCGCUGGAAGUGCUUCAUCGCUUUGAUAAUGGGCAGGAGAUGAAGAAUGCCGUAUCCGAAAUCGUCGAUAAACUUCCAUUGGAGACACCAGAUCAGCUAGAUAAGUUGGUCGUUCUCUGCUCAGAACUCGAGUUGGAUGACCAAGGACGCAGGGUAUCCGAGCGCUUCGCCGACAUGUUGACAUCUAAAUCCGAGAACUUCGGCAUGGCCUUGGUGUGCUAUGCUCGUGCUCAGAGCCGACGCAAGGUGAAGUCGGUUGUUGAUCUCCUGAUUUCUUACAGCUUGGUCCAAUCUCGGGCGUAUCCCGCGACAGCCGAGCUUGAUGAACAACUGCGUUCCCUCAUGAAAGAACCGAAGGCGUGUCUGUCUUCGAUCGCUCAGGUUGACGAAGAAGCCGCCCGGAUUCUCCAGUUCUAUCUCAGCGGCUACGCUACUCUGCGUCGUUUCUACGAGAUUCGGGAUGAGGAACUCGAGCUCGAAGAAGGACAGCAACCGCGAUACAAGCCUUUGGCCCGUCGUCGUGCGGCCGCCCAGGCUCUCGCAGCUGUCAUUGGCAGUGCCGCGGAUAACAUUUACGGUGGCCUGUACGACCCGGACCGUGACUCUGCCGUUCAAGUUGAUGGAUUGCUCGCCCUGCUCGGUGAAGCACUCGCAUUUGUGCAACAACCCACUCCUGUCCUUACUGUCUCACAACAAUUCACCAUCCUGUCCGCGAUCGAGGACCUCGAAACCGUGACUCCUCGCGUCUACGCCCAGUGCGCGGAGUGUUUCCACUCCACCCUCCUCGAAUACCAAUCCUCUACUCGCGGGGAAGUGUCGGAUCGUCCCUCCCCUCGAUCCCUCCUCAAGAAAUCGGUCAACGUCAACGCCUCCAGCUUUUCCGUCAUCGGGAACGACAUGCGAGAGGCACGCACCCGCUCUGGCUCUGGUGCCGGAUCUCUUGGUAGCUCUGCUGUCCUUGUUGGCGCCGAUGCGGAGAGGGGCUGGGACUGGCGUGCGGGCCUACCGGAGUCUGCCCAGGGCGAGGAUGUUCUGCGCAUGCUCCGACUCGGCCUGGCUCGCGGAUUGAGUCAUGGUGCUCUAGGUGCAAUCUAA